UUUUCAUCAAAGCUUAGCAGUUUAGACUUUAAAGCCUCCCAAGAAGCUUCAUAACAUUUUCAAGUAUACUCUUCUCUAUACCAAUGGAAAUGGUUCCAAGAAUGGUUGCAGAGAGGCCAGUGGUGAUCUUUAGCCGGAGCACUUGCUGCAUGAGCCAUACCAUCAAGACCCUCAUCAGUGGGUUCGGAGCAAACCCGAAGGUUUACGAACUCGAUGAGAUCGAGAACGGGCAACAAGUCGAAAGGGAACUGCAUAAGAUGGGGUGCAAGCCUAGUGUUCCGGUUGUAUUCAUAGGGCAGCAGCUCGUUGGAGGUCCUAAACAAGUCCUGACCCUCCAAGUCAAGAACCAGCUUGCCCCAUUGCUCAUUACGGCCGGAGCAAUAUGGAUUUGAAACAGCAAGUAACUACUCUUAAUUCCCUGGACACUGUUUUUUGGGGCUGGACAGGGUUGUAGUGUAAUUGUGAACUUCAUCUUGGUAUUUGCUUCUGCAAUACACUACAGCAGAACAUGUCUAUAACGAUAUUUUAAAGUGCCUCCCGACGCAAAAACAAAUGUCGCUAUAAGUCUGUUUUUACUGUAAUGAUAGUUUAUUCAAGAGUGUGUUCUUUUUCAUAUGUUUAUGUUUAUGUUUAU